UUAACCUCACAGUUCGCACCAUAAACAGAAAAGUGCAGAAAACACAAGCACCGACAAAAUAUUGGUCGUUAAAAUAUAAUUUUAAUUUUCUAUUAAAUAAAAUCGGAAUUUUAAGAACGUAAAAUGAGGGAAACGCCACUUUCUACCAUUGAGCGCAAUUUUAUUACGCAGGCAGUCAAACAAAAUUUGCGCCUAGAUGGUCGCAAAAAUGAUGAAUUUCGUAAGGUAACAAUCAAUUUCGGUGCAGAUUGGGGCAGUGCACUCGUUGCGCUCGGCGAAACCAAGGUGCUGGCGCAAGUAUCUUGUGAGCUGGGUGUCCCAAAGUCCACGCGCCCCAACGAGGGCAUAAUUUAUAUAAAUGUCGAAUUGGGGCAGAUGGCGGCGCCGCAUUUCGAGUCCGGACGUAAUUCCGAGUUAAAUGUGCAAAUUAGUCGCACUUUAGAGCGUACAUUUAAAGAUUCACGUUGUGUAGAUUUGGAAUCGCUUUGCGUUACCUCAGAGGAACGCGUGUGGCUGCUGCGUAUAGACUUGAAUGUUUUAAAUCAUGAAGGCAAUUUAAUUGAUUGCUGUUCAAUAGCAGCACUAAGCGCGCUAUUACACUUCAAACGGCCGGACGUUAGUAUUAUUGAUAAUGAUGUGCAUAUACACUCCGCAGCUGAAAAGGAACCAAUACCUAUGGUGUUGCAUCACUACCCAGUUUGUGUCAGCUAUUGUCUGUUCGAUGAUGGACAUUUGGCUGUGGCCGAUCCCAGCGCAUCGGAGGAACGUACCGCAGAUUCUGCGCUAGUGUUUGGUUUGAAUUCAUUCCGUGAAUUGUGUUGUUUGAAUUUAGGUGGCACAACACUUACAAGUUCCACACUCUUGUUGCAAUGUGCCACACGUGCAGCGCGACGUGCCAAGUUUGUAGUUGACUAUGUGAAGGAAACGCUAGAGUUGGAUAAAAAUGCAAGAGAGGAUAAUAAAAACACCGGUUUCACAGAGUGUGUGCGUCUCAAUCAGAUUACAGCUUUGGCGGAAAAUCGUUUGUCGUUGCGUCUACGUAACUUCAAAAUGCAAGAAACAAGCGAGUUAAAGGAAGACAAUGAAAUGGAAACAAGUGGAAAUGAAGAUGAGAGUGAGGAAGAAGACUCAGAUGGCCAAAAGAACGUCGUUGCCAUUGAUUCCAAAUCGGCUCUGUUAGAAUCCAAUCAGUCUAACAUCAAAUGGGUACCGGAUGAUGAUGACGCUGAGAGUAAUGUUGAAAGCAUGUGCUCGGAGAACGUCGCCGAGGAGGGCGAUGAAAGCGAACGCAGCCUCUCACAACAAGUGGAAAAACAAAUGCGUAAAUUUUCCAAAAAGGAGUCAAAACGUCAAUUAAGCAGGAAACAUUUACAACAUGAUGCCAGUGAUUCGGAGGAAGAAGCAAAAGUAAUUUUGUGAAGAAAUGGAAUUUUUCAUACAUCUCUUUUUAGCAUAUUAUGAACUGAUUUUAAUAAAUAUGCCUAGGCAUGCAAAACAGAA